AGUAUUGAAAAAAACGUAGAGGAAAAAUUUUCCUUAUCCUGCCAAGUGCCAAGUGCCAAGUGCAUAUAUCUUCGUCUCCCUCUUCAAUUUUAGCUUAGAAGAUGUUUUCAAUGGCGGUUCAACCUAACAUCAAUGCCAUUGUUAAACCUUCAACAUACCCUUCUCCAAUACUAUCUCUUAAACCCUUCAAAGUUUCCACUUUUGGAAACCCAAAAUCCCAUUCUUCACCUUCAUUUCCUCAAUUGAAGAAGAAAGAUCGGUACUUUUCUCUUGCUGCUGCUCCUGAAACCGUUUCUGAUACUGUAGACAUUGAUGAUGACUUACCUAUCAACAUAAAGAAGCUCAAAGUGGAAGUUAAGCCAAUGGACAAACCAAGGCUAGUUUUGAAGUUCAUAUGGAUGGAGAAAAACAUUGGUCUUGCUCUCGAUCAAACCAUACCGGGUCAUGGUACGAUACCAUUAAGUCCAUACUAUUUCUGGCCGCGGAAAGAUGCUUGGGAAGAGCUUAAAGUGUUGCUCGAGAGUAAGCCAUGGAUUUCUCAGAAACAAAUGAUCAUCAUUCUUAAUCAAGCUACUGAUAUCAUCAAUUUGUGGCAACAAAGUGGUGGUAAUCCUGCAUCUUAGUCUGCUGAUUUUGAUGGGUUUUCUUGUCUUCAGGUGAUGAGAAUCGAACCUUUAUCAUGAGAUUAAAAGGAAAUCAAUUUUUCUAGUUGCUUGUAUUAGCCUGCAUUUAGCUUUAAGCGAUAUUCAUGUGAGAGAUUGUCUCUCAGUGAUUAGUGAAAAGACUUUAAAACAAGAUCAUAUUCUCAUUUAAUUACGCUAUUUAUAUCUUAAUUAUAAAACACGUCUUACGAUAAGAUUGUCUCAUAGUAUUAUUUCAACUCAUUUAUUAGGGUCUUAAGCAUCAUUUGUAAGCCCUAUUUAGAAUUUAUUGACUUAAGUGCAAAUUUAAUAUGGAUCUUUAAUAACAAAUACAGCAAUUCAUAAGUGAUGGCUGAAUAUUGAGCGAGGAAAGGCCAAAUGUUCCCAUAUUGACAUCUAGGUUGCACUAAAACGGACACGGACACGACACGACACGGGUACGGA